ACUCCGGGAACUAGCUGUACGGUUGUGCUCGGAGCACCAGCCGCACAGUCGGGCACACUCCCACCCGCGCGCCUUCCUCCGCGGCCCCUUGCGGGGUCCGCAGGUUCCCGGGUCCUGGAAGCCGCCACCGGAGCCGACUGGCUCGCCAGCCCCGGGAAGCCCGUGCACCGAGCGCGCCGCGCCCGCCCCCCUCGCGCCCCCCACGCGCUCCCGGCUGAGGGGGGGAGAUCUCCUCCGCGUGCCCGCAAGUGGCUAUGGUAUUUGGACAUGUAAUUGUCAGCGCGGGAUCUGAGACUUGCCAAAAAUGAAGCUGGCGACGGGACUGUGGGUCUGGGGGAGCCUUCUGGUGGCAGCGGGGACCGUCCAGCCCAGCGCUUCUCAGUCAGUGUGCGCAGGAACAGAGAACAAACUGAGCUCGCUCUCUGACCUGGAACAGCAAUACCGAGCCUUGCGCAAAUACUAUGAAAACUGCGAGGUAGUCAUGGGCAACCUGGAGAUCACCAGCAUCGAGCACAACCGGGACCUCUCCUUCCUGCGGUCUAUCCGAGAAGUCACUGGCUACGUACUGGUGGCCCUCAACCAGUUUCGUUACCUGCCUCUGGAGAAUUUACGCAUUAUUCGUGGGACAAAGCUGUAUGAAGAUCGCUAUGCUUUAGCGAUAUUCUUAAACUACAGGAAAGAUGGCAACUUUGGACUUCAAGAACUUGGAUUAAAGAAACUGACUGAAAUAUUAAAUGGUGGAGUCUAUGUAGACCAGAACAAAUUCCUAUGUUAUGCUGACACUAUACACUGGCAAGAUAUUGUUCGGAAUCCAUGGCCUUCUAACAUGACUCUGGUGUCAACAAAUGGAAGUUUUGGAUGUGGAAGAUGCCAUAAGUCUUGCACUGGCCGAUGCUGGGGACCCACAGAAAAUCACUGCCAGACCUUGACCAGGACUGUGUGUGCUGAACAAUGUGAUGGCAGGUGCUAUGGACCCUACGUUAGUGACUGCUGUCAUCGAGAAUGUGCAGGAGGCUGCUCAGGACCAAAGGACACUGACUGCUUUGCCUGCAUGAACUUCAAUGACAGUGGAGCCUGUGUUACUCAGUGUCCCCAAACAUUUGUCUACAAUCCAACAACCUUUCAACUGGAACACAACUUUAAUGCAAAGUACACGUACGGAGCAUUCUGUGUUAAGAAAUGUCCACAUAACUUUGUGGUAGAUUCCAGUUCUUGUGUACGAGCCUGCCCUAGUUCCAAGAUGGAAGUAGAAGAAAAUGGGAUUAAAAUGUGUAAGCCUUGCACUGAUAUUUGCCCCAAAGCAUGUGAUGGAAUCGGCACGGGAUCAUUGAUGUCCGCUCAGACUGUGGACUCCAGUAACAUUGACAAAUUCAUAAACUGCACAAAGAUCAAUGGGAAUCUCAUCUUUCUUGUCACUGGGAUUCAUGGGGAUCCUUACAAUGCUAUUGACGCCAUAGACCCAGAGAAACUGAAUGUCUUUCGGACAGUCAGAGAAAUAACAGGUUUCCUGAACAUACAAUCUUGGCCCCCAAAUAUGACAGAUUUCAGUGUUUUCUCCAACCUUGUCACCAUUGGAGGAAGAGUCCUCUAUAGUGGUCUCUCAUUGCUUAUCCUCAAACAACAAGGUAUCACUUCCCUGCAGUUCCAGUCUCUGAAGGAAAUCAGUGCAGGCAAUAUCUAUAUCACUGACAACAGUAACCUGUGUUAUUACCAUACCAUUAACUGGACAACACUCUUCAGUACCAUUAACCAGCGAAUAGUGAUCCGAGAUAACAGAAGAGCUGAGAACUGUACUGCUGAAGGGAUGGUGUGCAACCACCUAUGUUCAAAUGAUGGUUGUUGGGGACCUGGGCCAGACCAGUGCCUAUCAUGUCGGCGCUUCAGCAGGGGAAAGAUCUGUAUAGAGUCUUGCAACCUUUAUGAUGGGGAAUUUCGAGAGUUUGAAAAUGGCUCCAUCUGUGUUGAGUGUGAUUCCCAGUGUGAGAAAAUGGAAGAUGGACUUCUCACAUGCCAUGGACCGGGACCUGACAACUGUACAAAGUGUUCUCAUUUUAAGGAUGGCCCAAACUGUGUGGAAAAAUGUCCAGACGGCCUACAGGGAGCGAACAGUUUCAUUUUUAAGUAUGCCGAUCAAGAUCGGGAAUGCCACCCUUGCCAUCCAAACUGCACCCAGGGGUGUAACGGUCCUACUAGCCAUGACUGCAUUUACUACCCAUGGACGGGCCAUUCCACUUUACCACAACACGCUAGAACUCCACUGAUUGCAGCCGGAGUCAUUGGCGGCCUCUUCAUCCUGGUCAUCAUGGCUCUGACAUUUGCUGUUUAUGUCAGAAGGAAGAGCAUCAAAAAGAAACGCGCUUUGAGGAGAUUCCUGGAGACAGAGCUGGUAGAGCCCUUAACCCCCAGUGGCACAGCACCCAAUCAGGCUCAACUUCGCAUUUUGAAGGAAACAGAACUUAAGAGGGUAAAAGUCCUUGGUUCGGGAGCUUUUGGAACAGUUUAUAAAGGUAUUUGGGUGCCUGAAGGUGAAACAGUGAAAAUCCCCGUGGCUAUUAAGAUCCUCAAUGAGACAACUGGCCCCAAAGCCAAUGUGGAGUUCAUGGAUGAGGCUCUGAUCAUGGCAAGUAUGGACCAUCCACACCUAGUUCGCUUAUUGGGAGUGUGUCUCAGCCCUACUAUCCAGUUAGUUACUCAGCUGAUGCCACAUGGCUGCCUGCUGGACUAUGUUCAUGAACACAAGGAUAACAUCGGAUCACAGCUGCUGUUGAACUGGUGUGUUCAGAUUGCUAAGGGAAUGAUGUACCUGGAAGAAAGACGGCUUGUUCAUAGGGACUUGGCAGCCCGGAAUGUCUUAGUGAAAUCUCCAAAUCAUGUUAAAAUCACAGAUUUUGGACUGGCACGACUAUUGGAGGGAGAUGAAAAAGAAUACAAUGCUGAUGGUGGCAAGAUGCCGAUUAAAUGGAUGGCUCUGGAAUGUAUACACUAUAGGAAAUUCACACAUCAAAGUGAUGUUUGGAGCUAUGGCGUCACUAUAUGGGAACUGAUGACUUUUGGAGGAAAACCUUAUGAUGGAAUUCCAACUCGAGAAAUCCCUGAUUUAUUAGAGAAAGGAGAGCGUUUGCCUCAGCCUCCCAUCUGCACUAUUGAUGUCUACAUGGUCAUGGUCAAAUGUUGGAUGAUCGAUGCUGACAGCAGACCUAAAUUCAAAGAACUGGCUGCUGAGUUUUCAAGGAUGGCUAGAGACCCUCAAAGAUACCUAGUUAUUCAGGGUGAUGACCGUAUGAAGCUUCCCAGUCCAAAUGACAGCAAAUUCUUCCAGAAUCUUUUGGAUGAAGAGGAUUUGGAAGAUAUGAUGGAUGCUGAGGAAUAUUUGGUCCCCCAGGCUUUCAACAUCCCUCCUCCUAUCUAUACAUCCAGAACAAGAAUUGACUCCAAUAGGAAUCAGUUUGUGUACCAGGAUGGGGGCUUUGCUACACAACAAGGAAUGCCCAUGCCCUACAGAGCCACAACCAGCACUAUACCAGAGGCUCCAGUCGCUCAGGGUGCAACAGCUGAGAUGUUCGAUGAGUCCUGCUGUAAUGGUACCCUACGGAAGCCAGUGGCACCCCAUGUCCAAGAGGACAGUAGCACUCAGAGGUAUAGUGCCGAUCCCACAGUGUUUGUCCCAGAACGGAACCCUCGAGGAGAACUGGAUGAAGAAGGCUACAUGACUCCUAUGCAUGACAAGCCCAAACAAGAAUAUCUGAAUCCUGUGGAAGAGAACCCUUUUGUGUCCCGGAGGAAGAAUGGAGACCUUCAAGCUUUAGAUAACCCAGAGUAUCACAGCGCUUCCAGCGGUCCACCCAAGGCGGAGGAUGAAUACGUGAAUGAGCCUCUUUACCUCAACACCUUCGCCAAUGCCGUGGGAAAUGCAGAGUACAUGAAAAACAGCGUACUGUCUGUGCCAGAGAAAGCCAAGAAAGCAUUUGACAACCCCGACUACUGGAACCACAGCCUGCCACCCCGGAGCACCCUUCAGCACCCAGACUACCUGCAGGAAUACAGCACAAAAUAUUUUUAUAAACAGAAUGGACGGAUCCGCCCUAUUGUGGCAGAGAAUCCUGAGUACCUCUCGGAGUUCUCCAUGAAGCCAGGCACUAUGCUGCCCCCACCGCCCUACAGACACCGGAAUACUGUGGUGUGAGCUCAGCUAGAGUGUUAGGUGGAGAAACACACGCUCCCUCCAUUUCCCUUCCCCCUCCUCUUUCUCUGGUGGUCUUCCUUCUCCCAAGGCCAGUAGUUUUGACACUUCCAAGUGGAAGCUGUAGAGACGCAAUGAUAGUUCUGUGCUUACCUAACUUGAAUAUUAGAAGGAAAGACUGAAAGAGAAAGACGGGGGACACACACUGUUUCUUCGUUUCUUCAUAUGGGUUGGUUAACAGAGUGUCUGUCAGAGCUAGAGGAGGUCUAGGAAGUAUAAGGUAGUACUGCCUGCUGUCAAGGAGCCCCAUCUUUCUUCUCUUUGCACACACUCUCUCCCCCCUUCCCCCCGUCCCCACAUCCCUUUAAUCUAUCGAUGCUGGUGAUCGAAAACCCAGACACUGUUCCCAUCAGUAGCCAUAGUCUUGUGCAUCCCUGAAAUCAUACUAAGGCUUCCAUUAGAACAAAAGGAUAAGCAUUUGGAUGCCAUUUGAUAGUAACUGAGAUUGAGAAGCCAAUUUCUUUCUCUAAUAGUUUCUUUCUUGGCAAGUAAGAAUGUCCAACCAACUUUUGUAAUUUUUAAAUCUCCAUUAUAGUUAUAACUAGUAAUUAUGCUUGGAAUGCAUCUCUGUGUUUUUUUUUUCAAUUUUGGUUUGCUUUGUCCUAUUCCUUUAUAUCAGUUGCUCCCCUAUUUUGGCUGCAGUCUCUAGUUGUAAAGAUAUUUACAUAAAAUCCUCUUGACAGAGUUCAAAAAAUAUUAAAUGAUGUAGAGAUUGUUGUUUUAAAUCAUUCAGUCAUUAAAACUAGAAGAGGAACUUAAGAUACUAGUAAAAAUAGUAUCCAAUCUAGAGCUCAUGUUUCACACUACUGUCUUCCCUUUCUUUUCAUUCUUUACCAUUUUAUUCUCCCCCAAAUGAUCAUCAAUUACUAGCAGCAGGAAUCUUAAGAGUAGAAGGGAUGCUAAGAAACAGUUCUGUGUGGUUCAUAAAACUACUGAUAUUUUCAGGGGUGGUCCCAUGGGGGAUCCAUGCAGCAGAAUAAACACUGGAUUGGGUACGUCUACAUGGAAGGUACUCAGAAAUGUAGUUUGCACUUAAGCUAUAAUUUUAUUUGUUCUUUUUCUGAACUCCACUACUUUUGGAUGUUUUGAAUGAAGCAAUAUGGAAGCAACCAGCAAAUUAACUAAUUUAAGUACUUCUUUUUUAAAGAAAAAGGAUCUAAGAUAAAGACAGACUGUGGAAAUAUCAAACCAAGCCGAUUAGGACUUUGGAACAGUACCCAGGGAUUGUGGUGAGAGGGCCAGCACAUUAACUUCAUAUGAUGUGACAUUUGCUGUGUAAGGAAGUAUGUUAAGUUUGUACUCUCUGUGUGAAGGAAUGCAAGUGAAGGACUGGCUUGAAUUCCAUGGAGUUUCUAGUCUGAGAUUCUGUUCGUAUUGAAUAGUAGGUGACUUAACUCUUCACACCUAUGUUGCUAUAAUUAAAAGUAAACCAUCAACAUUAUGAAUAGGUCCACACUUGAGUUAAAAGUUGUAAAUAAACAUGAAAACCCUUCUCAUGCAAUUAUUUUAUUAUCCAAUAUAUUAAUCUUUUAAUAAUUUAUGUAAUGACUCUCUCUUCAUAUACUACCAUACUAUCCAGGUUGUAGAUCCCUCUGUUAGGUUUAAUUUUGAAAGGACUCCUAUAGUGUUAAGAUUAGUGGUGGGGAUAAUGACAAAUGAAUCUCUAGGAAAUAAGGAAACAAUACAUCUCUCUUUUCUACAAAAUUUUUCUUCAAGUCAUUUAGGUUUUUAAACAUUUCUUUCUAUUGUUAAAGUUUUGAAAGAACAUUAGAUUCACUUGCCAAAAAUAAUCAAGUAGAUUAAAAAUCUUGGUAAAACAGAGAGUACUCAAGGGAGAAAAUUUUAAGUUUAUGUUUCUACCUAUUUUGAAAAGGUAAACCCAUGCAUCCAAAUCCAGAUUUAUUCAAUUGAUAUUUAAAAUCUACUGAAAGUAUGUGGGGGUUGGGGGUGUUCAGAUAAAUGAAACCAUCCUUGACUUAAAUUUUAACAGUCUAGAUUUAUUUGCUGUGUGACAUUUUUAUUUCUCCGUGAGUCCAAGGAAUCAGAUUAUAUUAGCUAUUUUGUGAAUAGCUUCAUAGAACUUUUUGUAAAAGUUCUGAGAAGUCAUUGGGAUGUAAUUUAAACAUCUUUCAAACUACUGAAGAUGACAAAUAUAAUCACUUCUGUGCUCUUAGCCAGACACAAGCUGGACCACAUAAACAUUACAUCACUGGUAAACUGACAUAUCUGGAAUGCUACCAUGAAACGAGGUCAAACUCCUUGAAAAUGUCGGUUUGUCCUCCUCUUCAGGGAAGAGAAGAGAAGCAAACUGAAAGUGAAAGGUGGAGACAGCAGAGGGGUCUGUGAGAUCCUGUCUAGAGAAAUUUACCAGAUGCAGAAUGAUCCAGAGGCUACAGCCUUAAAGCCCAAAGCUCCCCAACCCAAUUCAGAAGCAUCCUCAAGGACAAGGGACCUUAUAUAAGUACCUAUUUCCUAUGAAGAGUUAAAGUAAGCCUUUGUUAGUAAAUAAAUGUAUACUGUCAGCAUCUUUGGAAUGCUAUAAGGACUUUUUCUCUUCAUUUAAAAUGUUUGUGUGGCUUCUAGUGAGAUAAAGAAAGCAAAAUCAUUUCAUUAGUAAAUAAAACAGGAUAAUCUCUUAGCUGUUAAUGCAAUGUAAAGGUAGUCAAUGAGGGUUGUCUUUUUCUUCCUUAAAAGCACAGGAUUCACAGUUCCACCCAUCUUCCCCUAGAGACAGAUGCAGGUGUAAUUGAGAGUGACACCAGGUGCCAUUUUUAUCAUUCCUUUUUAUAACUUUUUAAUAUAACUUGAUUUCAGUUGUUUUGGUAUUUCAUGUUUAUUUAGAUUUGACUAUCUAGGCCCUAAGUUCUGGGAGGGGGGAAUUAUUCAAGAGUGUAUUAGAGGGACAAACAACAAGCAGGAAUCAGGGAGGAUGUACAUUCAUUUGCUCAAGAGAAUAACUUGCUUAACCCAGUAAAAUAAAAUUGUAAGACACUAAUUAAAGACUACAGAUUGCUGUGGAAUAUCAGGUUCCAAGACUGAGCAGCACCAGAAUCUGUUUGUAAAACUGACUAAAAUUAAUGUUAAAAUUGAGCUUACUAUGUUUUUUAAAUUAUCAAAUUGUAAGGAUCAAGUUUAUCAUGGAAAAUCCUAUUUUCAGGGAUAAAUUUUUUUUCAGUGGAAUAGCCACUUAAAGAAACCACUCUUGAGCAAAUGAGAAAAGAUGUCCUCUAAGUCAAUGGAAGUCCAGAGCCACCAAGCUGCUGCUACUCAAGCAAGGUUAAUAACAAAACUAUUCCUAGUUUUCUUAAAUUACAUUAGUAGCACAGAUUAGGAUAUAGUUUACUCUCUCUAGACGCAUUCUUGCAACAGUGUAAAAAUAAUGCAAAUUGCAUACUAUUAAAAACAUAAAACUAAGGAUGAAAGUCUUACUAAGUAACAGUCUGCUUUUCAUAGGUCAGGAAGGAUGGCUGACAGGCUCUAUCUUGAAAGAAAAAAAUGGGACUUUUAAGUGAGACACUGUCAUGUUCUAUACUUUUAGAGAAUGACACAUAUUGUCAACGGUGGAGAAAAGUUAGUAGGGAGAUAUGAGACUCCAUGAAUAGAUGAAGUUAGUGGGAUAAUUAGUGUACUCCUGAAGUGUCAAAACAAGAAAGAGUAAGCAAAAGUGUUUAUGCCUGUGCUUGACACAGAACGUUGUAAAUACAAGAUUCUCUUGAACAGGCUUAACCUUUCUUUAAAAGCUAGAAGUCAUUGUCCAUCUGUAAUUGUUGAUUAUUUAACUAGUACAUGUAGUUCAUAAGGGAAUAAAAAUGGUGACCACAAAAGCAUGUGUACAACUGGACACAAGCACGACAAUGCUAUUACAACAUAGAAUUAGCUAGGUUAUCAGAUGUUAAAUGCUUUCAAUAGUAAUACGCAAACCAAAUUAUAAAACUAGUCACAAUAACAAAAUAAAAUUCAGGCUUUGAAAAUGUAGGAUGGAUCUUUCACAGUAAAUAAAAAUAAGUUGCCCAUUUAAAAUGGUUGUUGGCUGUAGUUAACAGAUCGUAGGUAUAGUGAGGCUUCAAUUGUAAAAACUUGCUUUAAAGCACUCCAGUUGGUUUUUCUCAUGUUCUCUUAUUCCUUCAUUACACUUUAAUUUAAUAAGUAUAAAGAGAUGCUAUAUAUGAGGAUUCUGGUUUGCAGACAUCACAUUGAAGGGUCUAACAGGCAAAUAAACCACAGGAGAAUUUAAGAGAUCUUUAAAAUGAAUAAUGGAAAUGAAAAAGGUUCUAUUGUCUUUUGCAAAAAAAAAAUGAGUGUUUAACUCAGUAAUUUAGAAAGCAAGUAAGCUAUUUAAUUUAUGAAGUAUCUUUUCUUUUCCUACUACCUUGCUGAUAUAACCAAAAUGGAGCCCAUUACCCCUUUUAUUAUUAUUAUUAUUACUCAUAAAUAGAUGCUAAAGCAAGAACUUUAAAUUUUUCAAUUGGUGUUCUUUUGGACUCUAGUUUUUAACUGGUUAUUUGUUAUGGGCCAAAUAGGAAAUCCAGGAGCAGAUCUAUGAGCAGUUGAAAAGCCAGACAAACCAAUUUCUACUGCAUAUUGCAUGGGCAGAAAAUCUGGUUGUGCCUCUCUGUGUCUGACGGACAGUCUUAUACCCAUGUAGACACAAAAAGGCAGGCUAUCAUCUCCUGCUAGCCAUCUAUCUGUUCAAGACCAAAUGACAUAGGAAUAUGAAUGUGAAUCAGACAUGAUUUUAGACAAUCUUUGACAGUUGAGACCUUCUUGUUGACUCUAAGAUGAGGCCAGCGUUUAUGAUUUCUGGAUCGACACAUUUUUUUCUAAUCCAAGAGAUGCCUUUGAAGGUGUUCUCUCUGCGGUUGUGAACAUGAAGAUGAGAGCACUGUAUCAGACCAGAUGCCCUUGUGUUUGUAUAUAUAAAACCUUCCAACACCAGAGACUGCUUUGUUCCUUCAUUAAAUAAAAUUCUAUAAAAUGGUAAGAAUUUCAGAUGCUCUAUUCAAGUCCCAAUGAUUUAGCCAGGAGACAAAAGUCUCACCUCACUCCUUGGCCAAGAGAUUGUUUGGGCACAGGAAAAUGCUUCUAGUGUCACAGGCUGUAAAGAUGAUAUAAGCCCCAAUUUCAAGGGAACAUUCACAUGUCUUCCCUGUAAAGAAAUUUCUUAGAAGCCAACUUUGCAAGUAAAUGAUCACCUUGUCACAAAAAGUAAUUUGUGACAAAAUGGCAUCUUUCCUCUCCCAUUCCUAACUCUCACAAUGCCUUCCCCAUUUUUUUUUUUGUCACAAGUUCAAAUUGGCAUUCCUGGGCUAUCGCUUUCUUAAGCCAUCGUGGAUCUCUGAAGGACCACAUCACCUUCUGAAACACUGGCCUAACCUUUGCCUUCAAAUGCCUGAUUUUUUUUCCAUUAAAAUAUUCAGCCACUCUAGAAGAUGUUUAAAUUGCUUCUCAAACAAAAGACAGGACAAAAGAAUUAUUUAGGAUAUUAAAAUUGUUUUUCCAUGACUAUUGAUUCUAUCAUUGUGGGCUUCUCUGUAGGAUUUUAAGAUUAGUUAGCUCUGUAAUGAAUCUCAAGACUCACAUACGUACAUACACUUCUAGAUCUUACAUUAAUCUUUCCAUGAAAACUAUAUAUGUGUAUGUAUAGUUUUUAUGUAUAUAUAUAAAACUAAGUUAUUGCUGACAACUAACUUAUUUACUUUGAUCACCUUAUUUUAUUCCUGAUAUAAAUAUUUUACAGCUGCUAGAGUUUUUGGUUGUUUUUUUCCAAAUGAAGAAUUUUAUUAUCAUGACGGUAGAGGCAAUUCACCUAUGAAAACUUCCUGUGACUUUUGUUGGAACAUUCAUCUCUCUAACAAAUUUAUAAUAAGCGCCGUUUCACUGUAAUGAAAGUCCAUGUUGACUGACAGAACUCUUAUCUACUCUUUCUCUACUUUAGGAGGAAAUCUUUCUUUUAAUACUUUUGUGUGUUUUUCCCCACAUCACUAAAAGUGUUUAUAUUUGUAAAGAUAUACAAGUACAAGAAAACAAGCUUUUGCAUCUGUAGGCAAUAGUCAAAUUUGUCCUUUAACUUUGUCUUUACUGCUAUUUUUAGUCCUGAUAUGUUGCUGUUUUCCCCAGGCCUGUAGCCCUUUUGAAGAAAAGCAAAUCACAUUCCCUCUCUAUUGACAGAAACCUGAUGUUCAAAUAUCAUUUCCAGUGUUUUUCAGUUAAUGGAGUGGUUGGGUCAUUUUCCUUAAUGUGAGAGUCAUCUCCCUGUAUAGUUCUGGAUCUCUCAGGGGCUGGGAGUGGGGAGUGAGGAAACAGCUACCGAAGCACUCCAAGAACCCUUAUGGAAUUACUCCGGUAAUCAGCUAUGAAAGUUAUUUUCUAACUGUAGAUAUAGGUAAGCCGUUCUUUUCAAGUAAGGUACUUUGAAAUAUGUAGCAUAAACUGGUACUGCUGUUAAAUGGGUCGACUAUUAAACUGAGCUUCUGUGUAAGAGGCAGCUAACUUUGAAUGCACACCUUCCUGGCUGGCUUGUGUACAUCUCAUGUGUGAGCACCAAGGCCUUCAUCGCUGCACACCAAGAGUGUGCCUCCACAUGCUCUGGCUGCUUGAUCAUUUCUCGAUGAGUAUCAUUAGAUCAAGAUGAAACGUAAAUGAGGUUAAUCCGAGACUAGGUCACAUUAAAGUUUUAAAAAAUUCAUCUCGUGCAGGCCUCACAGUAGUUGACUAAGAUCACUUUGGGUGAUAAAAGGAGACAAUUUGCAGAAAAGGCAGAGUUGUGUUUGUUUCCUUAUUUUCUUGACAUAUAAACAGAAAACAAGCCCUUUUUCCUUUCCUCUGAAGAGUCAUCAAAGGACAGGGCUGUAUUAAAAAAAAAUGACUUGCUGGUAAGCCAUCUGUGUUUCAUUUAAAUCCCAGCAUUCAAAGUUAGCUGCCUUUUUUGAAACAAACAAACAAAAAAUACUACUGUAUGUUUGAAAAUGUGAAUAGUAUUUUUAUAGCUUGUUAAAGACAUGGCUAGCUGCAUUUGUAAAUAAGGAUAGUGUUGCUUUGAUUUUUUCUUUGAUGAACAUCUUUAUUUGGAACAUAAUUGUCUUUAGGGUUGAUUUGUAUAUAAGUAACUGGCUUGUGAUUGUUUCUCUUUCAGUUGGAAGUUAUCAUUUUGACAUUACCUGUGAUUCUGUGUUCAGCACAAUUGUGAUGUGUCCAACCUCUGCACUCGCUUACACAAUAGGAUAUGCCAAUUGUGUGUGGUGAAAUGUUAUUUUCAUUUUUUCUAUUUUAUCUAUGAAGGAUUAUGCACUUAACACAUACUAACUUUUUUAAUGUUAGGUAUAUUUUUAGUAUAAUUUCCCGAUUCUUUCUUCUCCUCCAACCCUUCAGCUUCUUUUCCCUUCUUUCCCUCUUUUCUGUUGUUAUUGAGAAUGAGGGAGAAAAUGUAUUUUAAAUGGAUGUAAUUAGGCUUUUUGAGGUAGUUCUCAAGGAUCCUCUUUUGACUCUUGGGAAAGAAUUGUGCGUGCACAAGGCAAGUAUAGAACGCAAGCUGCUUUGCCUCAUUCCGUACUGAUCAUCCCAGCUGAACAAUUUGAAAACUGUUCUGCCUUUUUGUUACAUGAAUCUGUCAGAAAUAUAUUUUUAAUUUAAUAUAAAUGAAAUUCAAUAAAAUAUGAAACAAA